CCAACUUGAGCUGUUGAUUGAAAAAAAAGCGCAAUUGGAACAAGAAUAUGAUGAGAUUCAAAAAGAUCUUAAUGACCAAGAAAUGCUGUUGAGCGGUAAUGAGGACUCUCCAACAACCAGAGGACUCUCUACUUUGUCAACAGACAAGUUUGAAAACGACAAAGUUACGCUUCGUAAACACGAAGAUACCAGUAUUUUGCAGCGGGAUUCAAUAUCGAAUGACAUUGCAGACCUUCUAGAGAAAGCAAGUUGGGAACUGUCUGACAAGAAAAAGGAUGAUUCCCUCCACGGACGAUCUUGUACAACGUCCCAAGAACGGCCAUCUGACUUUGAGAGAAUUUGUGGUAGCAUUCUCGCAAUACAAAAUGUGUUGAUGGUCUACCCUGCAUAUCAAUCUGAAAAUGUAGACGAAGUAGUAUAUGUUGUUAUUGUAAAUAUCGAAACACCUGAACUUAUACAAGGCAUAAAUGAUCUGGAAAUUAAAUAUAUUAUUAAAGAAAGUUCGUUGAGUAAUUCCAGAAAAUACAGUACAUCGAACAAAAACCAAAAACCUGAAAAGAGUGCAGAAAUUAUAAACGAAAAUACGUUUGAUAUACAGACAGCUGCCGUAGGUGAUUUAGGCGAAAUCCCAAAUCACACAAAUAAAAAACAACGACGUACUCAAACUUUUAAAUCAAGCGAAAUGCUAAUGUCAGAUGAGCAACAUGAACGAUUAAGGUCGUGCAUGCAGAAGUAUGCUAACGAUUUAAUGACAAAGCAUAAAUAUCUCAGUAUUAUAGAAGGUUCAAUUUAUCAGGUGGAUACUAGCGGACCGACAUACGAGCCGUGUUUGGUGCUGUAUGUUCCAGCAAAAGGGUUUAUUCCCAUUGGCGAGGAACGUUUUAAUGCAUCGUACGAUGAUAUUAGAGUUUUUGUCCAAGAAGGGAUAUUUCGAUUAUUCACUGGACAUGCCGAUGAUAUUCAUAAGCAUACUCGCAUGGGUUGUCAAAUCAGUCGGGCAGCAUUUGGUACGCUUGGUGUAUUUAUUGAACACCCUUUCUACGGCCUUUGUGGCUUAACCAGUGCACACGUGGUGCUAGACGAUUCGACACCAUUCAGUGUGGACAUGAAUGGACACUGUUAUUUUCAGUCAAAUGAACAUAAAGUGUAUCAGCCCAUAUCACCAGAUGAGAUAGGCUGUCUAAAGGAGGCCGUCAUUAAAACAGGAUGUGUUUCGCAAGCGGGGAUGGAGAUUGCGCUGAUUCAGUUGGAACAAAGAUUUCCUGUCAACGGCGAUUUUCCAAAGCCUAGAGUCGGAGCAACAGAUAUUUCUUUUACCUCUGGAAAGACUGCUGGACUAAACGUGAGCGACGUAUUUUGCUUCAAAAUAGGAAGUGCAACCGAUUAUACAGAAGGAACAAUAAUACGAAACUCAAAUUGUGUACGUGAUAUUUUACGUAGGGCCGACAAUUUUGUAAUUCCUUUAUUCAUUCGAUUUAAAAUCAAACCCAGGUCCACACUGUUUGCCUAUGAAGGUGAUUCAGGAGCACCAGUGUUUGUAAAGGAUGUCACCGGAGAACCCGUAUGCAUCGGAAUAAUUGUAGGUGGGAAUCCGGAUACCGGUGAAGUGUUUGUAACUCACAUUGAAGAUAUAUUGCGGGAAUUUGGUAAUUCUAAGCUUAAGUCAUUUGAUGAUUUUGUUACAUUAAGUCGCACGCUUUCAGAAGUGACCGACGCCGUUAAACAAUUGCAAAAUGGCCACGAAAACUUGCUAAAUAUAACAGAAAGCAAACUAGAAAGCCUGAAAAAUAGUACAGAAAACAAAAUCGAUGAACUUAAAUCAUAUAUUUCACAACUUUUCAUGGAAAGGAACGGUGUAGGUACGUGAUUUAUCUGAACGUAUAAAAACGCAUUGCUGCGUAUUAUGUUUAAGAAAACUUACAGUUUUGGAUAUAGUUUCACUAUAUAUGCUUUAUCUCUGUGUGCGUAUUGAACCUAUUUAUUAACUUCUUUAGUUAUUGCCCACUGGUUGCUAUUCAAUGCGUAGGAAAACAUUCUUAACCGGAUUCAGCUUGUCACAACUCGUCCAAGGGAUGGCAAGGCGGAGCUUAAGAGGCGUGCUUUGUUAUAAUUGUUUAUAGUGUUACAUUUAAGUGUAUUGUUGUAUUGUGCUUUGACAAAAUAGCAUAUUGGCCUUCAUGAAUAUUCCAUAUGUGUAUUAAUACUUAAAAAAUAAAUCAUAUAAACCAUA